AGCACCCAUCAGCCCCCGCCGCUUCUCACCCAUCCCUCCCUCCCCCCAACUCCUCGCCAAACCGACCAGCGCCGCCGCCGCAUCGAGUCCAUCAAAACCCCCUUCGGAGAAUCCCAGCAACGCUCUAGGAAAGGAUCGCGAGAGUUCCUCCUCUCCAUCGGCCGCUUGGAUGGGGUGCGGGCAGUCCAAGAUCGACCAGGAGGAGGCGGUGAGCCGGUGCCGGGACCGGAAGAAGCUGAUGGCCGACGCCGUCCAGGCGCGCAACGCCUUCGCCGCUGCCCACUCCGCCUACACCGUUCUCCUCAAGAGCACCGGCGGCGCGCUCUCCGACUUCGCCCAGGGCGAGGCGCCCGACCUGGUGGGCUCGCAUCACUCCCCCCACCUCGUCGCGGCCCCCGCCCAGGCGGCCGCCUCCGUCUCCGCGCCUCCUCCGCCGUCCACCGCCCCCGUCCUCAUUGCGCCCUCCCCGCCGCCCCCGCCCUUCCUCGACUUCCCCCACGCCAGCCUCCAGCGCUCCUCAUCUACUCCCAACAUACCCAUGCCCGACCCUAAGGCCGCCACCAAGACCCGACUCGCCGCCGGCGCUUCCAUCCGGGAAGAGGAGGAGGAGGAUGAGGAUGAGGAUGCUGAGAGCCAUAUCAGGACGGAGAGCGAAGAUGAUGACGACGACGACGAGGACGACGAUAGCGACGAUGACCAUCACGAGCACGACGAUGUCAGCGUGGAAGAAAUGGUACACGGGCAGCCGCAGAGACGGGCUAUGAUGGGCAGCGUUGGGUCUUCCCCAGUAACCCCGCCACCCCCACCACGGCCGAAUCCAUCCCCGCCGACGCCGGCAUCCAUGGCAACGACACCACCCCCAAUGCCUGAGCCACCGAUGGCUACUACCUGGGAUUACUUCUUCGGUGCAACCACCACGCCGCCGCCCACCCUGGAGCAACCUGCCGAGGAGACUUGGAUGGACAAGCGGGAGAAGGAGUCAGUGACAGAUACAAAGGCGCCCGUUCUGAAACCAGUUGUUAAUGGUUCAGCUGCUGCUCCUACGCGUGGUGCCGAGGAGCAGCCACCACAGACAGCAUUGGAGAAGGAAAAGGCCAUUGAGCAGCUUGCAGCAAACCUUCCUCCGUCGAAGCCACUUAUUAGGAAGCCACCCAAGGCGGCACCUGGUCCUCCUCCAGCAGAAGUUCGCUACCAGCAUGCCACAUCUAUGGGUGUGGUUGAAACUCGGAAAGUGAAGACGUUGUCAGGUACUGCCAGCUUGCUGCAAAUUGUUGCUCAGCUUGACGAUUCUUUCCUCAAGGCUUCAGAGAGUGCACAUGACGUGUCAAAGAAGCUUGAGGCUACCCGAAUGCAUUACCAUUCCAACCACGCCGACAGUCGAGGGCACAUUGACCACUCCACAAAAAUCAUGCAUGUUAUUACUUGGAACCGCUCCUUCAAGAACCUACCUAACCAAGAUGAUUUAGGUGGUAAUUUUGAAAUUGAUGAAAGGUUUGAAACUCAUGCCACAGUACUUGAUAGGAUGCUUGCAUGGGAGAAGAAAUUGUAUGAUGAAGUUAAGGCAGGGGAACAUAUGAAAAUUGAUUAUCAGAAGAAGGUAGCCCUACUUCAAAAACAAAAGAAACGUGGUGUGAAACUUGAAACCCUUGAGAAGACUAAGGCUGCUGUUAGCCACUUGCACACAAGGUACAUAGUGGAUAUGCAAUCCAUGGAUUCAACAGUCUCAGAAAUAAAUCGCCUACGUGAUAAACAGUUAUACCCGAAGUUGGUGGACCUUGUUGAUGGGAUGGCAAAAAUGUGGAGUUCUAUGCAUCAACAUCAUAAGUGGCAGCUGGUUAUCUUAUCAGGAAUAAGAAAUUUUGAGGUUCCACCCGUUCCACGAGAGACAACUGAUCAGCAUCACAAGCAGACUAGUGACCUACGUGACAUUGUUAGGGAGUGGCACAUGCAGUUUGAGAAACUCAUGGACUAUCAGAAAGGAUACAUUAGAGCACUGAAUGCAUGGCUCAAGCUUAACCUCAUCCCAAUCGAGAGCAACUUGAAGGAGAAAGUUUCCUCCCCUCCAAGGCAGGUGGAACCACCUAUAAAAGAUCUACUAUAUGCCUGGCAUGACCAGCUUGAGAGGCUUCCAAUUGAACUUGCAAAAACUGCAAUCAAAAGUUUUGCUGAAGUCAUAAGCAAUAUUGUACUGCUUCAGGAAGAGGAAAUCAAUCUAAGGAGGAGGUGCGAGGAUACUCGAAGGGAUCUUAACCGAAAGAAAGCACAAUUUGAAGAAUGGCACCAAAGGUACAUGGAGAGAAAGGCAUCCCAAGGUGAGGAUGCUAACAGUGAAGUGGCUGAAGCUGUGAACUCUGAUCCUGUCGCGGAGAGGAAAACGUCCAUCGAGGAAAUAGAGAUUAGGCUGAGGGAAGAGAUGGGGCAUCACAGUAGGAUUGCCAGUCAGGUUAGGGAGAAAUCACUCGCGAACCUUAGGAUGCACCUGCCAGAGCUCUUCAGAAACAUGACUGAUUUUUCUGGCUUCUGUCAUGAAAUGUACAGCAAUUUGAGAAAAUCUGCUGUACUGCCCAAAGAUGAAGUACAAGGCUGAUGGCUGAUGCUGUUCUCUGAACCUCAGUUAUGUUGAUACUCGAGUUCAUCGGCCGCAGGGGAAAAAAUUGGUUGUAGCUAUUCUGUGAUAUCGUUUUGAUGUGCUGCUGUUCAAAAGAGCAAUUGCCCCUUUUCUUUACCUUUUUGAAGUGCCUUGUAGAGCUAGUAAGAUGUGAGUGAGCAUUAAUGAUUUGAUCUGCUUGUAAAUUGAGACGAGCGUUAGCAAAUCAUUUAUUUUCAUUUUCUUUGAUUGUUUUAUGCUCUUAACAAUAGGGUUGUUACGCUUUUUAGCUGAGGAACCCAUGGGGUGAUCGUCCUAAAA